UUGCGUUUCCACAUUUGUUUAAACAUAACUCUCUCUCUCUCUCUCUAUCUAUCUCAUUCCUUGAGUACCUCUUAUUCUUAUGCUCUUCUUCACCAAUCCUAUCUCUUCUCUGUCUUUAUAUUUUUCCUUACAUCUGAAUUGACCCAUUUUUGGUAUACACAAGAAGUACCAUUUGUUAGAUUCUUCUUCUUCCUCACUCAUAGUUUUUCAAGUCAACUACUUCAGUUUCUGUCGGCUGUCUCUUCCUAGAUCUCAACUAAUCUCCUACUCUCGUUAAUAACAGAAGUUUCAAUUAAAUGACUGAAUCUGAUGAUGCCUCGCGAGAACAAGCCAGAGGAGGAGAAACCUCGUCAAAUCAAGAAUCGAACCCUGUCUCUCUCGAUCUCAAGCUCAACGACAGUUUCACGGACGACAUAAAGGGCGCAAAGUCGGAAGCAAACCCGAGAGUCUUCUCUUGCAACUACUGCAGACGCAAGUUCUAUAGCUCUCAGGCUCUUGGAGGUCACCAGAACGCUCACAAGCGUGAACGAACCAUGGCCAAACGAGCAAUGCACAUGGGAAGAAUGUUUGGUCACCAUCACAGGCCUUACACAUACACUUCUUCUUCACUCGGGAUGCAAGCUCACUCAGGUCUACUUCACCACACUUUAUCCCAGCCUCAGCCUCUUGUUUCUAGGUUUCAUCACCAAGGGUAUUUUGGAAACAGCGUGCCAUUGUUCUUUGACUAUGACGAUGGCGGUAGCGACUUCUUCUGGCCAGGGAGCUUCCGUCAGGUCGUUGAGGAAGCUGAGGCUCCGGUGAUGGUGGCUGUUACAGAGUCAGGCUUUGAUCUGAACUCGGUUGCGGCAAAUGGAGGUGUAGAUAAUAAUAAUAAUAAUAAUAGCUCAAAGCCAGAUCUUACCUUAAGACUCUAAUUAAGGAUUAAGGCAGUUUAUGACCUAUCUUGUUCUUUUUCUAUCGUUAGGCAUAUAGCAGAAGAUAAGUUGGAGACAGUUGAUAGAAGAUUGAUGAAAAACUAUGUUGUUAUAUUAAAUGAGGUUGUUCAUUACAUUAUUGUUUCA